UCAUAUCCCAGUUCAUGCACCGCCAUUGACAAGCAAGAAACAACUUCUGAUAUAAGGAAAGGUUAGUCCGUACAUCCGCAAGGAUCUCUCACAUCAUGGAGCGGCCGCACGUGCUUCUAGUCGCUAGCCCUGGCUUAGGCCAUCUCAUCCCUAUCCUCGAACUUGGUAACCGUCUCUCCUCUGUCCUCAACAUCCGCGUUACAGUUCUUGCAGUAACCUCCGGUUCCUCCUCCCUGACCGAAACGGGGGCCAUACGGGAAGUUGUGGCUAGAGGGACAUGUGAAGUUACAGAAUUACCUUCGGUUGGUAUAGACCACUUCGUGGAGCCAGAUGCGACAGUUUUCACUAGAAUCAUAGAAAAGAUGCGAGCCACAAAGCCCGUGGUUGAAGACGCCAUCAAAUCAAUGACACAAAAACCAACGGUCAUGAUCGUUGACUUUCUUGGUACCGUAAUGAUGUCCAUUGCUGAUGAUGUCGGCAUGGCUAAGUACGUGUACGUCGCUUCCCACGCGUGGUUCUUGGCAGUGAUGGUGUACUUGCCCAUAUUGGAUAGGGUUGUGGAAGGGGAAUACAUUGAUAUCAAAGAGCCUAUGAAAAUACCAGGCUGUAAACCGGUAGGAGCAGAUGACCUUAUGGAAACAAUGUUAGACCGGUCGAACCGACACUAUGAAGAGUGUGUACGGUGUGGCGAGGAGAUACCUAUAAGCGAUGGUGUUUUGGUGAAUACUUGGGAAGAUUUACAAGGAAAUACUCUAGCUGCACUUAGGGAGGAUAGAGAAAUGAGCCAGGUUAUGAAAGUACCAGUUUAUUCUAUUGGACCAAUUAUUAGAUCUAACAGGCCUACUAAAAAGCCUAAUAGUAUUUUCGAGUGGUUAAACAAACAACGGGUAAGGUCAGUGCUAUAUGUGUGUUUAGGCAGCGGUGGAACACUAUCUUUAAAACAAACAACGGAACUCGCAUGUGGUUUAGAGAUGAGUGGUCAAAGUUUCUUGUGGGUUCUGCGUAGACCCACUUCUUACCUAGGUGAAAGCUCGAACAAUGAUGAUCUGGUAAGUGAUGGUCUACCGGAAGGUUUCCUCGAUCGCACACGUGGUAUAGGUCUUGUGGUCACGCAAUGGGCACCACAAGUUGAGAUCUUGAGCCAUGAAGCGAUCGGUGGGUUCUUGUCUCAUUGCGGCUGGAGCUCUGUAUUAGAGAGUUUAACUAAAGGAGUUCCAAUAGUGGCCUGGCCUCUUUAUGCGGAGCAAUGGAUGAAUGCUACGUUAUUGACUGAGGAGAUCGGUGUAGCCGUUCGUACCAUGGAAUUACCGUCAAAGAGAGUGAUCGGCCGAGAAGAAGUGGCGUCUUUGGUGAGAAAGAUUAUGGCCGACGAGAAUGAAGAAGCACGGAAGGUAAGGGCUAAAGCUGAGGAAGUGAGGGUUAGCUCCGAACGAGCUUGGACUCAUGGUGGGUCGUCUCAUAGUUCUCUCCUCGAAUGGGCUGAACGAUGUUGCCUUCUCUCGUGAAUUCACAAAUAAUACAAUACUAGAUUAAGAUCCAUCCCUUGCAUGAAAUGAAAUUAAUAUCAUAUUAUCAAAAUAAUUUAAUUUUCCAUCAAAUGUAGUUUGUAACUUACAAAAUAAUAAAAAAAUUUCAAAAGUUGACAAUUAAAACCUGCAGUACAAAUCAGGGGCGAAGCCGCAUAGUUAAGAAAGGGAACACAUGCACCCAUAAAAAACUUAAUUGAUAAAUUAAUGUAAUUAUUAAAAAAUUUUAAAUGUGCAUCC